AUGGCUAAUAGAUAUUGCUCAUUAGUUUUAGUAAAUUCUACUAAAAAGAGAUUUAUGUCCACAUCAAACUUAAAAACUAUAAUAACUGAAUCAAAAAAAGAAAUACCUAUUGUUAAGGGUUUACCAUUAGUUGGUACAAUGUUUUCAAUUUUGGCUGCUGGUGGUGGUCGUAAGUUACAUGAAUAUAUUGACAAACGUCAUCAAAAAUAUGGUUCAGUGUUUAGAGAAAAGCUUGGUUCUGUUGAUGGAAUUUGGAUUAGUAACCCUUUGGAUAUGAAAUUAUUAUUUGCACAAGAAGGAAAAUUUCCCGAACAUAUUUUACCAGAAGCAUGGUUACUUUACAAUGACACAUAUGGCCAAAAACGUGGACUCUAUUUCAUGAAUGGAAAAGAAUGGUGGAAAUAUAGACAAAUAUUUAAUAAAGUUAUGUUAAAAGAUUUGAAUGUAAAUUUUAUCAAAUCCUAUAAAAUUGUAAUUAAUGAUUUAUUAAAUGAAUGGGAAUUAAGUAAUGGACAAGUGAUUCCAAAUCUUAUAGCAGAUUUAUACAGAAUUUCAAUAUCGUUUAUGGUGGCACAUUUGGUUGGAAGAGUUUAUGAUGAUUGUAAAAAUGACUUAUCAAAUGAUGUAAAUUGUUUAGCACAAUGCAUACAAAAAGUAUUUCAGUGUACUGUCAAAUUUACAGUUAUUCCUGCUAAAACUUCUAAAUUAUUAAAACUAAAUAUUUGGAAUGAUUUUGUAAUUGCUGUUGAUAAUUCUAUUGAAAGUGCAAAUAAUUUAGUGUCAAAAUUAAUGAGCCUUAAUGGUGAUGGUCUGUUAAAUUCUGUGCUAAAUGUUCAUGACAUACCUAUUGAUAUGAUUAAGAGGUUAAUGAUUGAUUUUAUAAUCGCAGCUGGUGAUACUACUGCUUAUUCAACUCAAUGGUCUUUAUAUACUUUAGGGCUUCACAAGAGUAUACAAAAUAAUCUAAGACAUAGCCUAUUAGAAAAUGAUUUCUUGGAAUGUGAUUAUUUAAAUAAUAUUUUAAAAGAAGUUCUUAGAAUGUAUCCAUUGGCACCUUUUAUCACAAGAAUUCCUCCAAGUGAUAUAUAUUUAACAGAUCACAAAAUACCAGCAAAUAGUUUAGUCAUUAUGUCUAUGUUCACAAGUAGUAGAAAUGGAAAAUAUUUUAAUAGCCCCAAUGAAUUUAUACCAGAUCGCUGGAAUCGUCUAAAAAGUAAUAAAUAUAAUGGUGUAAAUGAGCCAUUUGCAACCCUUCCUUAUGGAUUUGGUGCAAGGUCGUGCAUUGGACAAAAAAUGGCACAUAUUCAGAUGUGUUUAACACUAUCAGAGUGCAUCAAAAGAUAUAAUUUACAUACAAUGCAACCAGUUGAAAUUGCAUUAGAUUUGAUUACAGUGCCAGAUGAUCAAAUAAAUAUAAAAAUACAUAAGUUAUAA